ACUGAUUGUCAAUUGUCGACGUCGGUCUUGCUGGCCAUUUUGAGAAAGUAAAAAAAGCGGGAAGGAACAGGAGGCCAUUAGCCAUUAGUAAUACGUGAUACUGGUUCAUUUUCCAAAAUGUAUAGUUUAGUGAAAUUUUAUGACGGUAUACAUUAUGUAUGCAAGUCGAACACAAUUAGUGUUAGUAAAGGAAUUAUCAAAGCCACGUAUAGCAAUCGACGCAGAUACACAGCAAAUAUUCUAGCAAGAAAUGAUAAGGAAUCAGUAUUAAAACAAAUAGUAGAAAAUAUAAUUGAAGGAAAACCGUAUAUUAUAUGCAAAAGAAUUAACUUUGAAAACAAAAAAGUAAAUAAAUUUGGAAAUGAUGAUGCUCAAGUACACUUAGAUAAUAAUACAAGAAUAAGAUCUAUCGAUGAAAAUAUUUACAACAAUGUGACUGCCUCGCAAGAAAAAGGCUGUGAAUCUUUUGUAAAUGAUGCUGAAAUGCUAGAUAUUAAUACAAAGAAAGGCUCUGUCGAUAAAAAUACAUGCUUCGAAGAGACUGCUACACAAAGAGAAAACUGUGAAUCUCUUAAAAAUGAUGAUGCUCAAGUACUAUUAACUGAUGAUACAAGAAUAGCAUUUAUCGAUGAAAAUAUAUACAACGGUAUGACUGCCUCGCAAGAAAAAGGCUGUGAAUCUUUUGUAAAUGAUGCUGAAAUGCUAGAUAUUAAUACAAAGAAAGGCUCUGUCGAUAAAAAUACAUGCUUUGAAGAGACUGCUACAUAAAGAGAAAACUGUGAAUCUCUUAAAAAUGAUGAUGCUCAAGUACUAUUAAAUAAUGAUACAAGAAUAGGA